AAAACAGCGUGACCAAGUAACGCCAUCAAUGYUCUUUGUCACGCAAAUUAGAUUGGAUUAGCACGCUCAUUACCCAAAAUGCCUCGAAGGGCUGUCGAGUGAACAUUGAAGAAUAUUAUCGACCAGAAAUUAUAAGGUUUCUGAAUUUAAUGUUGAGAAGUGUAUUCAUUUAGACUUAAMGCGUGUGUACGUCGGUGUGUUACCAAAUUUACCGUCCUUUAUGAUGCUGUAGUUGUUGACAGAGCUCGACUUCUGGGGAGUUGAAGGCGCUGCAACUUCGUAAACAAGUUAACAUGUAAAUGUUUAGCAGGCUGGUUUAAAACCUGGUGCAGUCUUCAUGGCCAAAGAGAGCUAUUUGAUAGGAUGACUUUGGUGGACAAGCGAGAUUUUACGUUGAGUUUAUUAUGGCAGCCCUUGUAAGCAGCUUACACCAAGGAGAGAGAACAAAGAUGCCACCCAUAACGUCUAUCAUUUCAUCAGAAUCGGAGAGUCCAAAAUCUCCUAAAAAAUCUGUGAACGGAGACACAAAGGGUUUCUUCCCUCCUCGCCAGUCAUCUAAGAAAAAGUUAAAAUGGUCAAUUGAUAAGCUUAAAAGUGACAAUUCAUCGGAAAAUGAGAAAAACAAAUCCAACGACGUAAAAUCAAAACUAACUUCCAAGUCAGCCUCUUCCUUCUUCAGCCCAAAGCCUGUUAUAACAGCAGAACACGAGGAUGAAGAACAAAAAAGCCCAGUAGAUUCUGCUUUGUUGACUGAUAGUGUGGACAAUAGAAAUUCCAGUGACCUGGAAAAACACGAAAAAGACGAUUCCCGAUGGACGGAUGACGACAGUCUUCUGAUGACCCCUCAGGAUAAAAGUCUAGCCAGGCAAUCUACUGGCUCGAUAAACUUUAUCGAUAAAGUCGUACAAGAGAUCUUAUCUACUGAAAAAACAUAUGUGAAUAAUCUGAAGGAAAUUAUCGAGGGAUAUUUGCAAUGCAUGAGAAUGAAGAAUUGUCCGAUUUCAAAAGAAAACGUUCAACAUUUGUUUAUAAAUGUCGAAAAAAUAUACGAGUUUAACAGGGAGUUUUUGAAACAAAUUGAAAAUGCCGAUGAAGAUCCUGUAGAAAUUGCCGACUGUUUCGUCAAGAAUGAAACUGGUUUCCAAACCUAUACUGAGUAUUGUACAAACUACCCUAAGUCAGUUGAAGUCCUUACAGAGUGCACAAGGCAACGRGAAGCCGCCUCGUUCAUCCAGGAGAUUCAAAUGAACCUUGGYCAUUCGUUACCUCUUGGGUCGUAUCUCUUGAAACCCGUGCAAAGGAUACUCAAGUAUCACUUGCUGUUGCAGGAGAUGAAGAAACGUUUUGACAAAGAAAACGAUGCGGAAGGAUUUGACAUCAUUUGUGACGCCUUGUUUGCUAUGACAGAUGUCGCUCGGUAUAUCAACGAGAUGAAAAGACAACACGAAGCUACACUUCAUGUUCAGGAAAUACAAAGUCAGCUAUCUGAAUUUGAGGGUCCAGAUUUGACGACGUAUGGAAAUCUUGUACUAGAGGAUACAUUUCGAGUUGUGGGGACAAGAACAGAUAGAUAUCUUUUUCUGUUUGAAAAAAUUCUUCUUAUAACAAAAAAGAGAGAACGAGAAAAUGGUUAUACAUGUAAAGCAUCGUUAUUGCUAUCCAAUAUGAUGAUGACCGAAUCUCUUCCUAAAGAACCGUUAGCAUUUCAAAUCAUUCGCUUCGAUAAUCAAAAAGUUACUUAUCAAUUCAUGGCACGUUGUAUGGACCAAAARAACAAAUGGACCUUGGCACUCAAGAAACUACUAGUGGAAAGCCUUGUUGCUGAAGUUCCACAAAAGGCCAAGGCCUUGAUUCUUGGUGAGAAAACCGUUGAUGAAGACGACAGUUCAGAAACUGAGUCUGCAAGGAAAACAUACAGCCCRCCAACUUUAAGAAGACAAAGUGUAAAAGGUUCAUCUCCACUAUCAUCAUCAUCAUCGAGUCAAGGCUCAGCAAAACGGCGUUUGACUCUUGACUCUGAAGAAAUCAAAGGGAGCGACGAGAACAACAACCCUCAUGAUKACGGACUGUUGUCGCCCAGUGACGUCGUGUUCAUGACAAACGACGAACAAAAAAGUAAUGCUGGAGAGGAACGUCGUGCCAGGGCAGGCAGCGUCGAUAGUGACCUGCCGCAUCCAAGACACACCGACAGAGAGGGAAGAAUCAAAUCAAUGCCUACAUCAGUUGAUAUCCCAAGGCUKCCUAAGAAACCUACCAAUCCUAGUGAAGCAAUGCUUUUAUUCGAUAAAUAUGCAUCUGUGAGUGAUCUCAGAAGUAAAAUAGAUGAGAACGCAGCUAGUGAUCUAUCUGAAAGUGACUUGGAUAUCGCRAAAGAGCUUGGUGAUCUUACUGAGAAUUCGAAAAUACAUAGAACGGUUCGAGAGGUUGCUAGGGCAUUUAGCUUCAGCGAAUAUCCUGACACUCCGACGCAGAAUUCCUUUCGUGGYGAUGAGCCAAGGGAAGGACGUUGUCUUGAUGAACUACUGGAAUCCAUUGAUCGUGAGUUAGAUGAAACAAGACGAACUAUUAAUAGUGCGCAGCUCCUUGAAUCAGCCAUUAAAUUGAAACAAGUUAAGCCUUUGGAUGUARCAUGGCCWCCASCUGCUAAMAUCAAGGACGAAAUUGAAGUUUUAAAACAUGAUGGAGUUGUAUCAGAUAAGGAUGUCGAGAGGAGAGGACCACCAUCACCACCGGUUCGAAGAUCGUCCUCAACCUCAACGCAAAACCAAGAUGUUUGUGCAGGAGAAGAAGAAGAACGCGAUCUUAAAGCUGAGAUUGCCGCAUUUCAAAAACAGUCUGCCCAAUUUUCUCAGCGUAUUACCGAGAAACAUAGAACUUGUUCACUAGACCGAAGACGCAAUAAAAAAGUCUUUGAAUUGUCUCCAAGAACCAAUCGAUUMAGUACCGGGAAUGUCAAUGAAGAUUCGGAUCAACGUCGUUCUGUGCACGAAAUGGCUCGACAAUAUUCCAGGAAAGUUAGAGAUGAAAAAGCUGUAGACAUUCGUUCACGCUUGCAUUCUAAUAGUUCGAGCAGCAUUGAAUCCCAGUUCUCAAUAAACGCCUCCCCACAAAUGAAAAUCGAAAGGGUCACUAAAGUCAAAUUUGACAGUAGUUUAGAGACUUCUGCAGUUGUAAGACGAAGACGAAAGUCAGGUUCUCGYCAUAAACGAUCUAGUUGGUCUCACGAGGAUGCAAAAGUUGAUGUCGAUCUACUGMGACUCAGAAUUGAAAGACCUCGAAGUCUGCACGAAAUUAAACCUCAAAAAGAACUCAUUGAGGUGGAUUGUGAUUACUACGARUUUGCAGAUGGAUUGGAUGAGGGACUUGCUCCAGCUCUGCUGGCUGGAAUGGAGAAAGACGAUGUAGUAGUACGGGGAUUGGUCAAACAUUUAGUCAGCAAAUUUGGAAGCGAUCCACAACCACAAGAAGAGGAUCAACGCCGUGCCAGGUUACUAUAGGAUUAUGUCGAGUCUGGUUCACGCCCGUUGUUGUCCUUGUUAGCUGGAACAGCCUUACCGAGCUUAUGUACAUAGAGAAAACAAUGCCCCAGUUGAUUUGAAUGGAUUUGGUAAUCAAAAUGCAAUAUAUUCAUUCCCAAAGGAGAUUGUAGCUUGGUUGUUUCAGCAUCAUAGGGCGACGUGUGUAUAUAGCUAUUUCAAAAAAGGUUGUCGGAUAAAAUGGCGAAUGACAAUGGUCGAACAGCGAUUGCGCUACCGAAAGUGGCCAUGGGUUUGGCUAGUUAAAAGGCAAUAACGACUGAUUUGUACUGUUAGAUGGUCUGCGGUAAAGACUGGCGCCAUUAGUUUUCAUUUCUAUGCAAGGUGAAUCUAAUAAGGGAAAUUUUGUUUAUCAAAACAGCUUAAUCAUAGUUCCUUUUGGUUGGGCAAUCUCCCUUCGACAAUCGUCGUUCGCCGCUCUCUCCGACAACGUUUUUUUUUAAUAACUGUAUGAGACAUAUGAGCAUGACCUCAUCCUAGCUGCAUGGUAGAAAGUGAAUGAGAAAAGUAAACGCAAAUAUAUUAUUAGAUUAAUUUAGUGUAAUGUUGGUCCCAUGAAUUCCAACAGUCCUUUUACCGAUGUUCCUGCUUGGCACGGCUGUCAGUUUGCGUGUUUUAUUUAUUUUUUUUUUUUUUCGUGUGCACUAUAUAUAACAAACAAGACAUCAUCUCAGGUCUUCGUUUAGCUAGGUGUCUUGGCUAUUACAAUAAUGCCAAUAGUAAUACAGCUAUUUCGAAUAAUGGUUUAUGUUGUUACUGUCGAAGGCAAGGUCCAAUAGACAGCAACAAGCCUUAGCUAUUCUGAGAGCGGCAUUAAGAUGUUAAGAACUACAAAACGGCUGAAAACUAAAGUGCAGGGAUUGAUCUUUGACUAAAUCCUGUGAUGUCGCCAUUUGCAUGGUCUCGGUCUCGGAGUAUGCGGUGUAUCAGCUAUUACAAAUUAUAAAUUGCCGUAUGAAGAAAGAAAUUAUUCCGCCUUUGGUUUUGGUGUGGACGUUGUAUGUGCACUCUUUUCGGGUGCGUCUUAAAUCUAAUGCCUUUCGAAACGACUGAAUUCGAAACAAGUUUUCUAUAAUACUCUCAAUCUGAACAAAGAUGUAAUAUAUUGUGAAAAGUCAUUUCCUGCUAUUCCUAAGUAUGGUUUUGCUAGAUUAUCCAGUCACUAUAGUUUCUUAUUGUUUGAUAACUCACUUGAAAUUUCUAGGAAAGCCAGUGUUUCCAUCAGAACGUAUUGACGUCAGGACCGUAGCCAGGGGAUGGGGGAUGAAGGAUGCAAAUGUGUCUCCACACUUGUCUAAGGUAAAAACCGGUCCGCGUUAAUUGAGAAGAACCAAAAUCAAAAUUUGGGAAGGAUGCUCUAAGCUUGCUGAAGAGUGUUUUCGUCCAACAUGUAUAACUCGUUUCUGUACAACCUCCCAUAAAAUAUACUGGCUACGGACCUGAAUUAUAGCAUUAGUGUAAAUGUGGACUUCAGGAAAACAUGUAUAGARAUAAAAAGAUUUGAAAAUACGCUGCGAGCGACGUUUCGGUGCCGGUUGAUGUCGUCAAGGUUGUAAUCUCAACCGGAUUUUCCAUAAGUAUCGUACGAGAUUGAGAAAUCAAGAAACAUACGAAAAACGCCUUUAGAGUGAAACUUAUCUUUUUGAUGUCUUUGAUUAAACGCUUUUUCAAUAAAUAUAUUUUCUAUGAAUUGAUUUUAUAAGGAAUUCAAUUUGCUUGAUGUUGGGGUCCGACACCCAGCACCGAAGCGUUGCCAGGGGAAUAUUCCUUUUUUUUAUCAUUAUGACUGAAAGAAAAUAAUAAAAUAAUAAAAACUUUAAAAGUCAAAGUUUGAUAACGGAACACCAAAUAUAUUUUGGAAGGCCCAACGACUUUAAGUACCACUGAACGUCGUGUUCAAUGCUUCUCCUCCAGUCAUUCCACGUAAAGCAAUGUUACCAAAUGGUUAUAAAAUGCACGUUGGGUCACCCAAAAAAGUUGGUAUUCGUCGAACCAAAAUUUCUCGUAAGCACAAACUUAUUUCUAGCCGUAGCUCAAUAUCGAAAAUAUCAAGAGCUGAUGGCACCAAUGACAGUUCCACCAGAGUGAGAAUAUGCAUAUAAUUUCGAGCUGUAUAAUAUAAUGUAUAAUAAAUGUUAUGUAUCGCUAAAUACGAGCAAUAUAUAAAGAAAUCUWAAGUAAAAUUGAAGCYGAGUCMGUC